CAAAUUUUUUUUUUGUCUUUUUCCCUAUCAGGCUUUCACCCAAAUCUUUGAUUUUUUCCCUUCAAGAAUCAGUUUUUGUUUCUUCACUUUAUUUUCUUGUUUUUUUUUUUUUUUCCUCAUUUACUAUUAUUCCCAACAUUAGCCUUUUGUUCAUCAAUUGUACUAUGGAGAAAAGGCUUUCUUCUUGUUCAAAGCAAAGUUAGAGUCUUAUUGCUUCUGAAAGUUCUUGAUUUGAGGUAAAGAUUUGAUUUUGAUUUAUGGGUCAAUGGAUUUAAGUGUUUUGUUAAGUGGGGUAUAUUAGUUUCGAGGACUUAUGGGAAAUUUGUGGUAAAGAACAGAUUUUUUCAUAUUUCUAGUGUUUUUGCUUGUGGAAUCUGAAUUUGCAACUUACUAGAGAAAUGGAUUUUUGGCUUUGUGAUUAUUUGAAUGGUUGAUGCCUGUUCAUGGGGAAUUCUUGAAUUAGUCCGUAUUGAAUAGUAGUUUGUUGUAUCUACACCGCUGGGAGGUAGCAGGUAUCUGUGAAAUAGUUGAGGUGCUAGCAAGCUGGCCGGAACACCACUCUCGUUAAAAAAAUAAUUUUGUUGUAGCUGUGCUAAUGAGAUGUAGCCGGUAUUCCGUGAAAUAGUUGAGGUGCGAGCAAGCUGGCCUCGACACCAUUAUCGUUAAAAAAAUUAUUUUUUUGUAUCUGUGAUGGUAGAAAGUAGUAGGUAUCUCGUGAAAUUGUUGGGAUGCGAGCGUGCUGGCCUGGAUAUCAUUGUCGUUAAAACAUAGUAUUUUGUUGUAUCUGUUAAAAGACUAGAAGAGGGGUAAGUGAAGAGAAGGGUAGAGGGGCGGGACCUGUUGUUCCCGAGUUUUGACUAGAAGAGGAGUAAGUGGAGAAGGGUAGAGGGGCGGCGUAACCAUUAUCCCUGAGUUUUGAAGGCUGCGGUUGGUCCUAAGGAUUGGCCUCAAAUGGAUUUUUCCGUCAUUUUAAAAAAAGAGAAGAGUACUGAGGUAGCAGGUAUCCUUUGAAAUUGUUGAGGUGCGAGCAAGCUGGCUUGGACAGCAAAGUCGUUACAAUAUAUUAUUUUGUUGUAUCUGUUAACAGACUAGAAGAGGGGUAAGUGGAGAAGAGUAGAAGGCAGAACCGUUAUUCCCGAGUUUCGACUAGAAGAGGAGUAAGUGGAGAAGGGUAGAGGGGCGGAACUAUUAUUCCUGAGUUUUGAAGGCUGCGGUUGGUCCUGAGGGUUGGCCUCAAACAGAUUUCUCGAUCGUUUUGGAAAAAAGGACUAGAAGAAGAGUGCUGAGGUGGAGGAAGAUGAAGAGAGGGAAAGGUGAAGAGAAAGUUAUGGGACCUAUGUUUCCAAGGCUUCAUGUUAAUGAUACAGAAAAAGGAGGUCCAAGAGCACCUCCAAGGAAUAAGAUGGCUCUUUAUGAACAACUUAGUAUCCCUUCCCAAAGAUUCAAUCCUGGUGAUUUGCCUCUUAACUCCAAUAACACUGCAAAUGUGGUCCCUCCUUACUCAAGCCAGGGGAAUGAACAUGAAAGAAGUGUAGUUUCCUCAAGACAGCUUCCUGCAUUAGGACAUCCAGUUGAGAAGCCACAUGGCCGUAAUUCUGGUUCAAAUACUCCAUUGCGGGAAGUUAAGUCUAAAAAGCAAACAGAAAAGGAAGACUUUAGAGUUCCCACUUUUGGUAACUCCAAGGUGGAUCAAGGACAUGGGAAAUUCUAUAACAAUAUGGAUAUGGAAAAGCUCGCUCCCUUUAAUCAGUCAUUUUCAGGGUGCUCAAACAAAGAAUUGAAAGAAAUUACGGGCCUAAUUACGAGACAGCAUGGUAAAAGCCAGAAUGGAGAGACCAAUAUUGUACGAUUGGAAUUCAGAUCUGAUUCUCAAGUUGAUUGCACCGUUUUUUCGGGAUCUGUCAUGGAUGUUGAUAAUGACUCCCAGGAAGACAAGGCAUGUAAAUCGUCACAAACAGGCGAAAUGGGCCAGUGUGAUGACUUAUCAGAGACUUCCAUGGUGGAGUGUUUAUCUGAAAUGGACAUAUCUCCUGAUGAUGUUGUUAGAAUAAUUGGACAAAAACAUUUCUGGAAAGCAAGACGAGCUAUUGCCAACCAGCAGAGAAUGCUUGCAGUUCAAAUAUUUGAGUUGCAUCGACUACUCAAGGUCCAGAAACUGAUAGCUCGUUCGCCAAAUGGGAUGCUCGAAGAUAGUGCUGCUUGUCUAGGCAAACCUUUAAAGAAGUUGUCUGAUAAAAGAAUUUCAUUGGAAUAUUGUGUCGAAGCACCUGAAAAUGUUUCGAAGUCCAAGAAUGAUACUGUAAAGCCUAAAUCUAGGAUGGAAUGCAAUGCCGAAAACAAUGUAGGAAAGACAUCUCCGUCAUCUGUACAAAAUGGUACCCUACCACCUCCAGAGAACCCACCGCCAACACCUGUAAAAUAUGACUCCCUUAUGAGUCCUUGGUGCUUCAAUCAACCUCGGGGGCACCAAUGGUUGAUACCCGUGAUGUCUCCUUCUGAAGGACUCGUAUACAAGCCAGUGUAUGGAGGUUGUGGACCCCAAGGAUUGACCCCAGUGACGAGAAACUUUUCAGCUCCAUCAUAUGGACUUCCUUUUGCACCUCCGAAUGGUCAUGGCUACUUUCGGCCUUUUGGCAUGCCAGUUAUGAAUCCAGCAAUCCCAUCUCCUGGUGCAACGGGUUCUCAAGGUCAGUUAUCGGUAGGGAGAGCUAAUUUUAACAUUCAACACCAGAACUCAAGCAACGUUGAGAGUGAGAAUGAUGGAACCGUGCCAGAGGUUGUGAGAUUGUCUCACUCUAGAGAUUCUGAGUUACAGGCCAGCACUGCAAAUAGUCCCAGUGAAAGAGCUCGUGGAGUAGACAUGUGCAACUCUUCUCCAGCUAUUGACAAUCCCGUUUGUAGGCCUCAGCCUCGUUUUCCUAACCACCCUGCCCGAGUAAUCAAAGUUGUACCUCAUAAUGCCAGGUCUGCUACAGAAUCUGCUGCUCAGAUUUUUCAGUCCAUACAAGAAGAAAGAAAACAGUAUUGACCCAGAUUUCUUUCAUCUGUAGGUAGUUCUCACUAAAUUGACCAUGUACUUCAUCCAAGGUGAUGAAGGUUUUUGGUCUAUUUGUUGUUACCUCCUCAUCUGUAUUGUUGUAAUUGGAUUUCAAACUCAGUUGGUGAGCCACUUUGUAGAUAGCAUACCUGAAAAUUACCUUAUACCGUUGUUGCAUGAUUGUUUCGUGUUCCA